CAAUAAUAAAGUUUUUCAGGAGAUUUGAAUAGAGUUGUAAAAAUGGAAACGUGGGUGGUGUGGGCCAAGAGUAGAAUUUUUUGUCAUAGGUUGUUUAUUCCACAAACAAUUUCUUGCUGAAAAAUAUUAAAAUCAAAGGAAAAAUGGAGAAUCCGAUGAUUGAGUUCCAAGGUUCGAGCUAAGCUAAACUAAUAAAGCUACAACCUUGUCUCUUUCCUCGCCGAUUAUCCAGUCCUAUCUAUCCCUAUCCAUGUCUCCCAACAAGCCUCUAGAUUCUCGUCACUCUAUAGAUUCAUGUGCUUUUCAACUCCAUAGCUGGAGACCCUUUCAUCUUCCACACACCACACCCACCAAAACCCUACCCCACGAACCCCUACUUCCCACCGCCAACCCCAGACCCUACUGCUCCUCCAAUGCUGCCUACACCAAGCGUCCCUGCCUCUCCGACCGCGCCACUUCCUUCUCUAUCGACCCAGCCAUCGACAUGUCUAGACUGAGCUUGAUCGACGACGAUAGGCCCGUUUCCGCCAGAGGAAGCUACCGAUUGAUCGCCAGGAAGCGGCGCAGGCGUGGGUCGAGGUCUGUUUCCGGUCGAAGCAGCGAUCGGAGCGGAACCCGCCGGUGCUGCUCUGUUGGGGCCUCGGCCGCGUACGGAACGUGUUCGGAUUUCCCGGUGGUGGUUGCUACGGAUUCUAGCGGCGAGCUUUUUGUGCACGGUGAGACGAACUGGUCUUCUGAUGUGAGUGAGGCCCGGAAUCCGAGACGGGAUAGAGACGGUGGGAAUGGAGAGAAUGAGAAUCUGGUUUCUGGGUUUGGUCCAAUUGGGGGUUUUGAUUCCCAAGGGGUUGAAUCUGGGUACGGAAGCGAACCGGGUUAUAGGAGAGAUGCAGAGUUUGGGUAUGGUGAUGAGGUUGACGAGGAAGAAGACGAUACAAGAUUGUUAUUUUGGGGCAACCAAUUUGGAGAAAGUGAUUCUAUAAUGGAGAUUGUGGGGGAGAACACAUUUGCAGAUCAAAAAGCUCAUCACAGAUGUAGACGAAAGAAACAUGAUUGUAGAAUGGUUGAUUCAGUGAGGUAAUGAAAGAAUUUUGUUGAGAAGUAUAUGAACUUUCUUACAGAUUAUUUUGGUUCUUAUUUUUGUCACAAGAUAUCCUCUUUUAAAAGUUAGUAUUUCAGUACUUUUUUCCUGCACUUUGAGAAGAAGCGUGGAAGAAUUCCACUGCUAUUUCAGUAAUUUGGUUUGGACGUGUUAUCAUAGAAUGUCAUUAGAUUACAAGAUCUUGUUCGAGUGAAGUAAUUGCAUUAAGCAAAAUGUUGGGGCAGGAGGCUCAAAAACUUUGGAAUGUUAUUUCAUGUAUAUAAUUAGGUGGUGUUUGGUUGGAGGUAAUGAAAUGGAAAGGAAACAAUUUUCAUUACAUUUAUUUGUUUGGUUGCAUUUUAUAGUAUUGGAAUAUUAUUCUAAUAGAAUGCCUUUCACUGUUUUGGUGGGAUGACUAUUCCGAAGUGGAAGAAAAGACUAUUCCAAUGUAACAUGAGAAAAAAAUUGAUGGUUUUUUAUUAAUUUUUUUAAUGUAUUUUUAAUUUUAUUCUA